CAUUGAAAUCAACGCUCUUCAAUUAAAUAAAUUAACUAAAAUUUGCUGCAAUAAUUCAUCGGUAAAUGCAGUAACUAUAGUUUCAAAAGGGAUGGAGAAUUAAUUUGUGUUUUAUUUCCAUGGCAACGCUCACGUAAUUUAAAUGUGUGGGUGAGCUCUAGUGUGCAGGUCGGCUGAGAGAUGGAGCCAUGGAUUAUGUAAGUUAUAGAUUAAAGUUAUCGCAUUCCAUUCGACGAGUACUUGCGAGCAGUCGUGUUCACAGCGAAUUGCGAAACGGAUAUGUUUGACCCGAACGAACAUCAGCAUAUGCGGUACAACCCAUUAAGGGAUGAUUGGGUUCUGGUGUCGCCUCAUCGGAUGUUGAGGCCAUGGAGCGGUCAGGUGGAGGGAAGCGCAACUGAAGCUGUACCACCUUUCGAUCCCGAUAACCCGCUUUGUCCGGGUGCGAAGAGGGCCUCCGGGAUCACAACACCCAACUACAAAUCCACUUGCGUCUUCACCAACGAUUUUCCUGCUCUAUUAGAAGAAGGCCCAACUCCACCUCAAUCCGACGAUCCUCUCUUUCAAUCCGCCCCGGCACUGGGCACCUGCAAAGUCAUGUGCUUCCAUCCCAAAUCCAACAUCUAUCUACCCACCAUGACUUCUGAUGAAAUACAAGAGAUCAUCGAGGAAUGGAUCCGUCAAAUGAAAGAGCUCGGCGCGAAAUACGAGUGGGUGCAAGUGUUUGAAAACCGAGGAGCGAUGAUGGGAUGUUCGAAUCCGCAUCCGCACUGCCAAAUCUGGGCCUCCAGUUUCAUGCCGAACGAGCCCAAACUCAAGGAUAAAACUCAGCUGGAUUAUUACCAGAAACACGGCAGACCUAUGCUCGAGGAUUAUACUGAAAAAGAGUUGCAACGCAAAUGUAGGACUGUAUUCAGUAACGAAGAGUGGUUAAUAGUCGUUCCUUAUUGGGCAAUCUGGCCUUUCGAAACCAUGGUUCUACCAAUCAGGCAUGUGAAAAGAUUCACCGAUUUGGAUUCUAAGCAGAAGAUCGCUUUGGCCGCAGCUAUGAAAGUUCUCGUAUCGAAAUACGAUAAUUUGUUCAAGUGCAGUUUUCCGUACUCCAUGGGAUGGCAUGGAGCUCCGACCGGAUCUCAAUUGGAGAUGGAUUGCAAACACUGGACUUUCCAUGGGUCGUAUCUGCCUCCACUGCUCAGAUCCGCUACAAUCAAGAAGUUCGUCGUUGGCUACGAACUCUUGGCGCAGAGCCAACGCGAUUUGACUCCAGAAAAAGCGGCCAAGAUGCUCAGGGAACAAUCCGAACUGCAUUACACAUUAACCCAAUAACAAUGACUUUCUCAUGCAUUUAUACUUUCAUGUUUAUACAUCAAUUAUCAUACAAACACAUUUCAUAAUUCUUAUCUAAUAUUAAAUUUGGGCAAAAAAUACUGCCUGUGGUCGCUUUG